AUGCGUCGCCGGCAAAUUAAAUGCAUUUUACUGAUUUUAUGCAUGGUUUUGUGGAUUUCAAGACACGUGGAAAUACCCGCCCGCCACGACGUUAUUGACAAAGACAGGGAGAGUUUUCUCAAAGGAAUUCGGCAAUUUUACAGUAACUUUACGCCGAACAGCAAACUUAGUGCCCUGGAAGACGCAAAGUUUGAUAAACAAACAGGAGAAAUAGUGGCUUACCUCCGAACUUUUGAAGAUCCCCAUUUUCUCUCUGUGCCCACAUAUUGGUGUCUCAAUUACAACCGGACAUUCACGUACGCGAACCGUCAAGUUCAUCCCCGCAGACUUUUCGAAUCCCUACUCAAGGCUGUUCGGGAUAGCUGUUUCGAAGACAGAGAUCCAAAUGCCCAGGAUCGCAUGAAAGUCAGAGAAUCUCUUCGUCUGCUGAGAAACUCCUUUGAGGAAAGUAACCUGCCACUCAUAAUGACAUCUGAUUCGAUGCUGGGAUCGUUACGAUAUCAUCGUAGGAUGUUUUACGACAGUAACUAUGACUUCCUUGUGGAUGAGAGGGAUAUGGAGAGGGCAGUCAGCAUUUUGUCCAAACUUUCGGCAAACGCUUCUAACGAGAUGCGCCUAAUUGACGCUCGAUCCAGCUUCGGGAAUCCAAAGGUUGGACUUCUGUGUGGCAACGACCCAGGCUGGAGAAAGCGUGCAAAAGGGUGCAUUGAAAUGGAAGAAAGCUAUGUAGUAUGCAACUCAAAGGCUCUUACUGAGAAUGUUCUGGCGCCCUGUCUUCUCUAUAUCGAUUUUUAUUGGAUGAAACUAUAUAAAAACCAUCGAUUGCGUGUGCAGGCCAAAAAACCGGAUUUCGCCGUAGAAGAUGUGAUUAAUUCCGAUUACAGGCCACUGGAUGGGACGCUCUUUCGAUCUGUUCGCAACUUCGAGCGAUACGCCGAAGUCAUCUAUGGCUCACCCAUUCAAAUCUGCGUCCCUAAAAUAAGGAGCUUAAUUAAAAAUCAAGAGCUAUCGGUGCUUACUGGAAAAAAGGAUCUUGAUUGCAGGGACUUUGCCCUGUCCUUCGAAUACGCAGAAAGACAUCGCUCACAUUCACACAUUCUAAUGGACGGUGAAAAAAGAAUUGAACUGGGAUUGCAUUGGCUGGAGUACGGUGAAUGUGUCGCAUAUUCCCUUUUUGUUAAAUUCGAAUAA